CCUAAAGACACAGCUACCCUCGGAGGCUCGCUCCUGCGCACAGGCUUCAUGGCGGCGCGGCUGUUGUCCCGGAUGCUGCAGCGCGUUUGGGGGUCCAGUGCCCGGAGCUGCAGCUCGGGGGCUCCGGUGACGCAGCCCUGCCCGGGGGAGCCCUCGCAAGCUGCCGCGGAGCUGUCCAGACGGAGGCAGUUCCUGCGGGAGCACGCAGCCCCCUUCUCCGCCUUCCUCACUGACAGCUUCGGCCGGCAGCACAGCUACCUGCGGAUCUCCCUCACGGAGAGGUGCAAUCUCAGAUGUCAGUACUGCAUGCCCGAGGAGGGUGUUCCUCUGACCCCCAAGGCUGACCUGCUGACCACAGAGGAGAUACUGACCCUUGCCCGCCUCUUUGUGAGGGAAGGUGUCACCAAGAUCCGGCUCACAGGUGGAGAGCCGCUCAUCCGGCCAGAUGUGGUAGACAUCGUGGCCCGGCUCCGGCGGCUGGAAGGGCUGAGGACCAUUGGCGUCACCACCAAUGGCAUCAACCUAGCCCGGCUGCUGCCCCAGCUUCAGAAGGCUGGUCUCAGUGCCAUCAACAUCAGCCUGGACACCCUGGUGCCUGCCAAGUUUGAGUUCAUCGUCCGCAGGAAAGGCUUCCACAAAGUCAUGGAGGGCAUCCACAAGGCCAUUGAGCUGGGCUACAACCCAGUGAAGGUGAACUGUGUGGUGAUUCGAGGCCUGAAUGAGGACGAGCUCAUAGACUUUGUGGCCUUGACCAAGGGACUGCCCCUGGACAUGCGCUUCAUAGAGUAUAUGCCCUUUGAUGGUAACAAGUGGAACUUCAAGAAGAUGGUCAGCUACAAGGAGAUGCUAGACACCAUCAGGCAGCAGUGGCCGGAGAUGGAGAAGCUGCCAGAGGAGGAAUCCAGCACAGCCAAGGCCUUUAAAAUCCCUGGCUUCGAAGGCCAGAUCAGCUUCAUCACAUCCAUGUCUGAGCAUUUCUGUGGAACCUGCAACCGGCUGCGGAUCACAGCUGAUGGGAACCUGAAAGUCUGCCUGUUUGGGAACUCCGAGGUGUCUCUGCGGGAUCACCUGCGGGCAGGGGCUUCCGAGCAGGAGCUGCUGAGAAUCAUCGGGGCUGCUGUGGGCAGGAAGAAACGGCAACACGCAGGCAUGUUCAAUAUUUCCCAGAUGAAGAACCGGCCCAUGAUCCUCAUCGGUGGGUGACCCAUCAAGUUAUUUUUGAUGCUCCAAGAUUCUCCACCAGCCAAUCCAAGCAUUUCCUCGUGGGACCCCUUCCAUGUUCAGGGUCUGAGACCCAGAGUGAGCUUCUCCAGCCAGAUGGCAACUCUGUGGAAAGGAUGUGGGGUCCCCCAGGCCCCUUCCCUAGCCCAGCAGUGGCUGGGGUCUGGCUCCUCUUGGAGACAUUACACUUCCCAUGCAGACUCAGAUGCCAACUCAAAGUGCCUUAGCUCAGUGUCCCAGGCUCCUGCCACACCCCCAAGACCCCUGCCAACCUCAGAACAACUAACCCAUGUGGACUCGGAAGGACGAGCAGCUAUGGUAGAUGUGGGUGGGAAGCCAGACACAGAGCGGGUGGCUGUGGCCUCAGCUGUGGUCCUCCUGGGGCCUGUGGCCUUCAAACUUGUCCAGCAGAACCAGCUAAAGAAGGGAGAUGCCCUGGUGGUGGCCCAGCUAGCUGGAGUCCAGGCGGCCAAGCUGACCAGCCACCUGAUUCCUCUGUGCCACCAUGUGGCCUUGACCCAUGUCCAGGUACAACUGGAGUUGGACAGCACACGCCAUGCUGUAGUGAUCCAGGCGUCUUGCCGGGCUCGGGGCCCCACUGGCGUGGAGAUGGAGGCCCUGACCUCUGCUGCUGUGGCCUCGCUCACCCUGUAUGACAUGUGCAAGGCUGUCAGCAGGGACAUCGUGCUGGAGGAGAUCAAACUCAUCAGCAAGACUGGGGGCCAGCGGGGAGACUUCCAUCGGGCUUAGAGCUCCUGCCCCUCUCACCCAUGGCUCGGCCAGGUCUAAAGAUGUGGUAUAGCUAGGGCAGAGGGUCAGACGUCAUGUUCCCUUAAUCCUAGUCACUGUUUACCUUCACCAGUAGGGACCCAAGCUCAGCCCACUCUACUACUAGGUCCGCUGCCAGAUGAUCUCUGAUGACCUCUGAGGCUUCCUGCACAUAGAGAGGACGCCACCAGGCCCCUGAGCCUUGCAGAACACUAAGGUCACAGGAGGGUGUUCCAGUGAGCAGUGCUAGAUAACCGAAAAAUCACAUUCUGUUAUUUGUGGACUAUUUCAGACUACCAGUUUCAGACAAUCCAACCCAUAACUUCUCAUUUUGGGAUUUCUCUUCUGCUCUCCUGGGGAAAGAAUAAGGGCUCAUUAAGCAGAGGAACCCACUUUGAGGAGGGGAAAGCACAAGCUUGCAUAAAGAACAGGUCACAGCUGCUCCCAGUAGCUUUGAUUCCCAAGCUGUGAGGCUGCAGCCCCACCCGGUCCCACCUUCUCCCCCAUCUUGCCUUGUGCUUGAGCCUGUGUCCACCAGGCUUACAGGCUUUCAGCUUUAUCAGUUGCCCUAUCUGCCCACGCCCUUCCUCAGGCCCUCUCUUCUUACACAGGAAGCAUGCACCUGGGCUGCAGUCCUAAGGGCUCUGACGGACCACACAGCCCACACCUGGCCCUGCUCUAGGCCAUUCCCCAUUCCUCUUCAUUCUGGAAUAUAUCAGGGAAAGAAGAGGUGAAGAUUGCCUUCACCUUCAUAGCGCACAAAUAAAGCCACGACGCCUACUUUGCAGA